AUGACUAUUGGGAUGUCUUCGUUUAAAGCGUUGUAUGGGUAUGAAGCUCUAUCAUUUAUAGAUUUGGUUUUUGAUGAUAGCAAAGUACCCCGAGCAAAAGAAACCAUACAAGGUUACCAAGACAUUCUCAAAGCAUUGAAGGACAAUAUCUCACAGGCUCAGAACCAACAGAAAAUGUAUGUAGAUAGACAUAGAGGCGAGAGGACCUUUCAGGUAGGAGACUUGGUUUUCCUACGCUUGCAGCCCUAUAGGCAGUCUUGUUUGAAAAGCAGUGGAGCGGAAAAGUUGAAACCACUGUUUUAUGGGCCAUACAAGAAAGAAUUGGGGCAGCAGAUAGUUACCUCUCCUGAAUUGCCACCAUUGGACGAAGAGGGGAAGUUAACUCUUGAACUCGAGGGUAUUGCAGAUUGGAGGGAAAAGAAGUUAAGGAACAAGACUAUUCGUGAAUAUCUAAUUAAGUGGAAAGGGUUACCAUUGGAUGAUGCUUCUUGGGAAGACCCUGCCCUCGGACUAAGCGCUGCACGUAGGCGAGAAAAAGAGAGAACUCCGCCGUGGGCGGCAACCCCAACAGCGGCCGCAGCGGCUCUGUGGGCCGCAACCCACAGCCGGGAGGCCUUGGCCUUCCCCUGUGGGCGGCGUCCAAUAUAG